AUGCGGUUCAUUCCAUUGGCUUUGGGCUUUAUGGCCACCACCUCUACAGUCUUUGCUGGACCUCCUAACGUCCAAACCGUGAGUGUUCAGCUCAGUAACGAUCAAUCUGGGGCCAAUGCCAACGUUGAUGUACCCACCGACGGCAAUCGACGCUCCGUCCAGGCUCUCUGGGGCCAUACCUCUGUGUCCACGAAUGGCGUUGUGACUGCUACGAGCGCCCAGCUCACUCGGUUCCAGCAGUCGACCCACUGCGAAAUUACUCAACAGCCCAAUGUCGAUGCCAAGCUCGAUGCACAGCGCACCUGGGUUUCCCUGGAUCAGGGAAAGUUGGUGAACUACGAUGUCCGCCAGUUAUUGGCAAAGUUUAUGGAAGACUAUAUUGACGAUCGAAACUGUGGCUUAUCCUGGGUGCUCAUCUAA